UAUUAAAUUUUGUCACUGAAACGUUGAUUGUGGAAAAACGUACCCGAAUGUGGAUUUAUCGAUAGUGAAAUAAAUAGAAAUUGUCGCUGAAAACCGAAUUAAAUAAUUAAAUUAGCAAAUAUGGAGCUUAACGAUGUGAUUGUAAACCAGCCCGUCGUAAUUGAUAAUGGCUCCGGAGUGAUCAAAGCCGGUUUUGCUGGCGAUCAGAUACCAAAAUGCAGAUUCCCCAAUUACAUCGGACGACCGAAGCACGUGAGAGUUAUGGCUGGAGCACUAGAAGGGGAACUCUUCGUCGGUCCCAGGGCUGAGGAGCAUCGAGGACUCCUGAGCAUCAAAUAUCCCAUGGAACACGGCAUCGUCACCGACUGGAAUGAUAUGGAAAGAGUGUGGAAUUAUAUUUAUAGCAAGGAUCAACUAUCAACAUUCUCCGAAGAGCAUCCAGUUUUGCUGACCGAAGCACCGUUAAACCCUAGACGGAAUAGGGAGAAGGCAGCCGAAGUAUUCUUUGAAACGUUCAAUGUACCAGCGUUGUUCCUGUCCAUGCAAGCAGUACUUAGCUUAUACGCGACCGGUCGUACGACGGGUGUAGUGUUGGACUCCGGUGACGGGGUCACGCAUUCAGUUCCAAUCUACGAAGGGUUUGCCAUGCCACACAGCAUCAUGAGGGUCGAUGUCGCCGGCAGGGAUGUUACUAGAUACCUCAGACUACUGCUCCGCAAAGAAGGGGUGAACCUUCGCACUUCAGCUGAGCUGGAGAUCGUGAAGUCGAUCAAAGAGAGGGCCUGCUACCUCUCUCCGAACCCUCUGAAAGAGGAAACGCUGGAAACUGAGAGGGCACAAUACACACUCCCUGAUGGUACCGGAUUGGAGAUUGGUCCAGCUCGGUUCCGCGCCCCCGAGGUCCUGUUCCGGCCCGAUCUCAUCGGUGAAGAGAGCGAAGGUCUACACGAAGUUUUAAUGUUUGCCAUACAAAAAUCCGAUAUGGAUUUGCGAAAAGUACUAUACCAGAAUAUAGUACUCAGCGGUGGCAGUACCCUCUUCAGAGGCUUUGGAGAUCGCCUUUUAGCCGAAAUUAGGAGACUAGCGCCUAAAGACAUGAAGAUUAGGAUCUCAGCACCUCAAGAGCGUCUCUACUCCACGUGGAUAGGGGGUUCGAUUCUCGCUUCACUCGAUACAUUCCGUAAAAUGUGGGUCUCGAAAAGAGAGUAUGACGAGGAAGGACACAGGGCAGUACAUCGCAAGACAUUCUAGUUUAUUUAUAUAUAAUUAUAUAAUUAUUAUAUAUUAUAAUGUAAUAGUAUAACCAUAUUCAAGGUCAUUUCGUGGUUACAUAACCCCAAGCCUCAUCUAAAGGGUAGAUGACUAAUCUUUAUUUUAAUGUCCGUCUGGUAGAUUAUUUUAAAUCAUUAACGCGCCGUCAACUGG